UUUUUGCCUUAGUUAAACCAAAGGAUUCACCAUCGCUUCAAUGGCUGCCUCACAAACUUCACAAACUGUUGCGUCCCACGUUCCUUUCGCAGAUUUAUGUUCAACUUUGGAAAGAAUACAGAGAAGUAAAGGACGUGCAGAGAAAAUCAGACAUUUUAGUGAGUUUUUAGAUUCUUGGAGGAAAUUUCAUGAUGCCCUUCAUAAGAACCAAAAAGACGUCACAGACUCAUUUUAUCCUGCCAUGAGACUCAUCCUUCCUCAGCUCGAAAGAGAGAGAAUGGCCUAUGGCAUAAAAGAAACUAUGCUUGCCAAGCUUUAUAUAGAAUUACUCAACUUACCUAGAGAGGGGAAAGACGCGCUGAAGCUGUUGAACUACAGAGCGCCCACUGCAGCACACGGGGAUGCGGGGGACUUCGCCAUGACCGCGUACUUUGUGUUGAAGCCUAGAUGCUCCCAGAAGGGAAGCCUGAGUGUACAGCAGGUCAACGAGCUUCUGGACUCGGUUGCCAGCAGUAACUCUGUGAGAAGGAAAGACCUCAUCAAGAAGAGUCUUCUCCAGCUCAUAGUGCAGAGCUCAGCGCUGGAGCAGAAGUGGCUCAUCCGCAUGAUCGUCAAGGACUUAAAGCUCGGUGUCAGUCAGCAGACGAUACUGAACACUUUCCACAGCGAUGCUGUGGAGUUACAUAACGUCACCACUGACCUGGAGAAGGUCUGUAGGCAACUCCAUGAUCCUUCGGUAGGACUCAGUGAUAUCUCCAUCACUCUGUUCUCUGCCUUUAAACCAAUGUUAGCUGCUGUCGCCGAUGUUGAGCGCAUUGAGAAGGACAUGAAGCACCAGAGCUUCUACAUUGAAACCAAGCUGGAUGGCGAGCGCAUGCAAAUGCACAAGGAUGGGGACGUCUACCGGUACUUCUCCCGAAACGGCUAUAACUACACGGAGCAGUUUGGCUCCUCUCCACGGGAAGGUUCCCUCAGCCCCUUCAUCCACAGUGCCUUCAGAGCAGAUUCACAGACCUGUAUCCUCGAUGGUGAGAUGAUGGCCUAUAGUCCGCAUACGCAGACUUUCAUGCAAAAGGGGAAUAAGUUUGACAUUAAACGGAUGGUAGAAGAUUCUGAUCUGCAGACAUGUUACUGUGUGUUUGAUGUCUUGAUGGUUAAUAAUAAAAAGCUUGGACGGGAGACCUUGAGAAACAGGUAUGAGAUUCUUAGUAGUCUUUUUACACCGAUACCAGGUAGAAUAGAAAUUGUGCACAAAGCACUAGCUCAUACCAAGAAUGAAGUGAUUGAUGCAUUGAACGAAGCCAUAGAUAAGAGAGAAGAGGGAAUCAUGAUAAAGCAUCCGCUGUCCAUUUACAAGCCGGACAAAAGGGGUGAAGGAUGGCUGAAAAUUAAGCCCGAGUAUGUCAGCGGCCUGAUGGACGAGUUGGACAUCCUAAUAGUUGGGGGCUACUGGGGGAAAGGCUUACGUGGUGGAAUGAUGUCUCAUUUUCUGUGUGCAGUCGCAGAGAAGCCCCCUCCUGGGGAAAAGCCGUCUGUGUUUCAUACGCUCUGUCGUGUUGGCUCAGGAUACACCAUGAAAGAACUCUAUGAGCUGGGUUUGAAAUUGAACAAAUGCUGGAAGCCAUUCCAUAGGAAAGCUCCUCCAGGUAGUAUUUUAUGUGGAACAGAGAAGCCAGAAGUGUACAUUGAGCCUUGUAAUUCUGUGAUUGUCCAAGUUAAAGCAGCUGAGAUUGUCCCCAGCAGUAUGUAUAAAACUGGAUGCACCCUACGUUUUCCACGAAUUGAAAAGAUGAGAGAUGACAAAGAAUGGCAUGAGUGCAUGACUCUGGAUGACUUAGAGCAACUUCGCGGGAAAGCACUGGGGAAGCUCGCCACCAGGCACCUUUGUGUAGGCGCUGAUGACGAACCCCAAGAAAAAAAGCGGAAAUCGGCCCCCAAAAUAAAGAAAGUUAUUGGAAUUAUUGAACAUUUAAAAGCACCGAAUCUUUCUAAUGUAAACAAAGUCUCUAGCGUAUUUGAGGAUGUCGAGUUUUGUGUCAUGAGUGGAACAGACAGCCACCCGAAACCUGACCUGGAGAACAGAAUUGCAGAAUUGGGUGGUUGUAUAACACAGAACCCAGGCCCAGACACGUACUGUGUAAUUGCAGGGACUGAGAACAUCAGGGUGAAAAACAUUAUUGCUUCAAAUAAGCAUGAUGUUGUCAAGCCUGCGUGGCUCCUGGAGUGUUUCAGGACCAAAAGCUGUGUGCCUUGGCAGCCACGCUUCAUGAUCCACAUGUGUCCAUCAACUAAAGAACAUUUUGCCCGUGAGUAUGAUCGCUAUGGAGACAGUUAUUUUGUUGACACAGAUUUGAACCAGCUGAAGGAAGUAUUCUCAGGAAUGAAGAAUUCUCAAGAGCAGACUCCUGAAGAAAUGGCUUCUGUGAUUGCAGAGCUAGAAUGUCGCUAUUCCUGGGACCAGUCUCCUCUCAGUAUGUUUCGACACCAUACUGUUUAUUUGGACAUGUAUACUGUUAUUAAUGACCUGAGCACCAAAAUUGAGGCAACGAGAUUAGCUACGAAGGCCUUGGAGCUUCGAUUCCAUGGAGCCAGAGUGGUUUCUUGUUUAGCUGAGGGAGUGUCUCAUGUCAUCAUUGGGGAGGACCAAAGCCGAGUUCCAGAUUUUAAAGCUUUUAGAAGAACUCUUAAGAGGAAGUUUAAGAUACUGCAAGAAGGUUGGGUGACCGAUUCAGUGCAGAAGUCUGAAUUGCAAGAAGAAAAUCAGUAUUUGCUUUAAAGUUGGCCAUCACAGUGAGGAAAGCCUGUGUUCUGGUGAAGCUAAUAUGUCAGGUGGUAAUGAUAAAACACUAAACUUUGUAAGCAUAGAUUUUAAAAGACAAAAAGCAUUAUCAGGUGUAAGAAAAUAAUUCUAUGCCUUAAGAUUGAGAAGACAGUCAGCAUGAACAAAACAGUAGCAUAAUAUUUGGUGAUUAAAAACAAGAUGAAAUAAGUAUUUGAAGUAAUUGUAUAAUUAUUGUGUAGAAAUCUGAAAUUUUUAAUCAUUGAAAGUAUUAACUUCCUAAACAGUUUUUUGAAGUAAAAAAUUUGAUAGUAGUUAUUAUCCAGUGAAAACACUGUAAGAAAAAGUUACGAAACAUCAUAAUUGGAUCUGUAAAAAUAUGGGAUUCUCUUUUGUUUACUGAAGGCUGAAUUGUAUCUUUAGAAAAUGUAUGAACUUUUUAAAGCCUUCAGUCAAAUGUGUUAAAGCAUGUCAAUAGUGAUUUUUAGCUCAGGUCAAGUUUUAACUCUAAAUAAUUACAAGUGGAAAAAACACUUGGAACUUAAAAAAACCCCAAAUUUAUUUUUUUCUAAGAUAAGGUAUUUUAAUGUGAAUUUGUCCUUGAAUUAACUGUAUUCACAAAAAAUAAUUGUGCGAGAUAUAACUCAUUGAUCCGGUUUUACAAUGGCAUGCAUGUUGUAACUUUCAAAAAGGAAGGCAAAUUGUUUUAGCAUUUUAGGAUGACUUUAAAAUUAGUUUAUUUAAGUAAGAUGAUUGUAUAAUAGGCUGAAUUUUUAUGUCAAAUUUUAGAUUGUUACCUAAACAUUUGAAAAAUGUAUUUUCUUGACAGUAUUGAAAAGUAGGGAAUUUGGUGCUUAGAAACUAUGGCAUUGAGUUGAAAGAAAAAGUUUUAGUCAAAUAGUGGAACAAAUAUGUUUAAUUUUAUUAUGUUUCUUAAAUAAGAUGUUUAAUAUAUUCCUAACAUUUCUCGUAUUGAAUCAGGUUUCACUUUAAGAUCCUUUAUAUUUUACCUCAAUAAAUGAG